AUGUCCUGCUACGACCUGUGCCCGCCCAAGGCCGAGCUGUGCCCGCCCCGAGCCAGCGUGGCCGUGCCCCAGCCCAUCGCCGAGAGCUGCAAUGAGCUGUGUGCCCGCCAGUGCCCCGACUCCACGGCCUUCAUCCAGCCGCCCCCCGUCGUCGUCACCUUCCCCGGCCCCAUCCUCAGCUCCUUCCCCCAGCAGGCCGUGGUUGGCUCCUCCGGAGCUCCUGCCUUUGGCGGCUCCCUGGGGCUGGGAGGCCUCUACGGCGCCGGCGCCACCCAGGGCUCGGGGGGGCUCUGCACCUUCCCCAGAGCUGCUCCUGCCUGCAGCCCCUGCCUGCUGCCUCGCUACACCAGGAAGCUCUGGGACACCUGCGGGCCCUGCUAG